AUGGCCGAAGGCGAGAAAACUUCUUUUUCGGAUUUGGGGUCGAUUCACGCGAGUCAGAGCGAAUUUUCGAUUUCGAAUUCGUCGCCGCGUUUGGAAUCAAACGCUUCUUCCUCGACCGCGGUAGGUUUGGCUUGAAGAUAUGUGUGAAUUUCGGUGGCAAAAAUUCCACGUUUUUUGAUACCAAAAAUGCAUUACCUUUGAGAAUUCCACGUGGAUUUUUGCCAUCACAAAUCCACCCAUAUCUGUUGUCAAAAACCGCCAAUUUUUUUUGCAGUGCACCGAACUGCGUCGCGAUUUCGGCGCCGAUUUGAUUUGUGGAAUUUGCGGCGAACUGUUCGAUCGUCCCGUUAUGGUUUCGUGCGGUCAUUCGUUUUGUGAAUCUUGUAUCGAAGUGCACUGUAGAACGUCGCGGAAUUGUGUGAUUUGUGAGAAGGAUGUUGGAGAGUUUUGUAAUAUGAUACCGAGUAUUACAUUGGAUAAUGUGCGUGAGAUUUUUGUGAAGAAAUAGAGCUAUGACGUGGCACUAGAUGAAAUUCAUGAAUUUCUGAUCAUUUUGAAAUCCCACAUGGUUUUGCCUUAUUUUUCUGAUUAUGCAUGCACAAAAAUGUACACCAAUCCACGUCUGAUGAACAAGGUUUUAUUGGAUUUUUAACACUGAUUUUGUCUUGUCGAGGUUCAAAAAUCCAAUUUUAAAAGAAACACAUCUCUCAAAAUCACUAGAAAUCCACGUGAAAUUCAAUUUUUCCAGAUUGUCAAAAAGCUGAAAUCAUCCGAAAUCGUCACCUCAUUCGAGGAUCUCUUCAUCUACGACGAAGCUACUCGCAAAUCCUCCCGAAUCGAGCGAACUCUCUCCACUCGCUCAACAAUGACCAACAACAAAAAACGUUGUUUCUUCACUAUCGCUCCACCCACAAUUUGCAGUUCACCAACCACCGAAAAACGACAAUUUUCGAAAGAUGCACUGCCUGUCAAAAGUGCGCUGAAAUAUCCAAGUGAUUUUUAUAGUGGAGGAGGAAAGAAUGAGAGUGUUUUAGUGGCGGAAGAAGACGGAGAAGAGGAACCCGAUUUUGCCCAGAAAUCUUCGAUUUUUAAACGAAAUGGAUAUGGAAGGCGGUCUGAACGAUUCACAAGUUGCACAAUUCAAAAAGAGCCCGAAAAAAUUGAGCCUCCUAGACGAAACUCCUUAUUACGCCGAUCUUUGAACGCCCUUAGAACUAGUGGCACGAAAAUCCACGCGAAAAAAAUGAAUCCACAAGAAGAUUCGGAAAUUCUCAUUGAACCAGCACCUAAACCACCCAAAAAAUCAUCAAUUUGGCGGCGACUUUUCAUCGCCAAAAAAGCGAUUGCUCAGAUUAAAGAGGAUCCCGCAAAAGAGAAAAUUGAGGAAUUUGGUAACAACGAAAAAGAAAUGAUUCCUGAGGAAACCUAUAGUUUUUUUGUGGGAAUUGGAAAAAAGUUUGAGAAAAAAUGCACGGCGCAACGCGAAAAUCGCAAUCAAAUAUCGAUUGUUGUAUUUGGCACGGCACAAGUCGGAAAAACGUUUUUUGUCAAAAAGUUGCGCGAAGUUCUCGAGGAGAAUUGUGAGGAGCGGGUCGAAUUUAUCCACGUGGCAGAACGGUAUGCGAUGGGCGGUGUCAAAGAAUUGCCGUUUCCGGAAGGCGAUAAUCGAUUACCGCAUGUUUUAUCCUUUGUGAGUUGUGUUCUACUAAAAAAUAAUUGAAAAUUUGUGAGAUUUGAUGAAUUUUGAGCUAGAAUUGCGAUUUCAGAUUAAAAUUUCAAAUUUUCCAGUCAAAUUAAACAAUGAACUGAAAAUCGAAAAUUUUAUAAACAUUACAAUUUUUGAUCUGAAAUUUGUUGAGAAUUUUGAAUUUUUAGUGAAACGACAAAAUUCCACAUCUAAUUUGUAUUGCAAUAUUUUUAAAUGUAAUUUUUUGCAGAUGGUUCGUUUCGAAGAUGGAACAUCAACACUUGUCGAUAUUAUUGAUCCAGAAUAUGAUGUGAGUUUGACAAAAUAUGAUUUUUUCGGCUGAAAAUCUGGAACUUUUAACGGAAAAAUCCAACCCUAAUUUCCAGCCGGCUCAUCUACCCGAAUCCUACAUGAAAAUCUGCGACGCCGCCAUUUUCCUCAUCGACCACAAAAAUUGCGGAACCGUACUCACCGCCUAUCAGAUUUUCCGCAACAUGCGCCAUGAACAUCACAAAAUUAUGGUGAGAGCAACAAAUUUGCAAAAAAAACUGUGUCAGAGUUGCAGACAUGUUUUUUCCCGCCAAAAAUCAAAUUCAAGCCCCCUUUUUCGGUUUCUGCAAUUUUCCCGCACACUUUUUCUUUCCAAAUCUAACAUCUACAUUUUUUCACAGAUCGAAUGCGAUAUGAUAAUAAAUUGCCGUGUCGACGCAGCCGGAAAAUUGGAAAAAGUUCAAAAUUCAGCAGUCUGCGAAAAUUUCGCCAAAACCAUGAAAGCACCCGUCUACGAAUUGAAUGUGGCGAAAAUUGAUCAAAAAUUAGCGCAACAAUUGUUGACGUCACUGGUCCGACGUGUAAUUGACGCGCGAAACGUGGCAAAUACAAUUGGAACUGCUGUGUAA